GUUCAUGAGUAGGUCCGUCGGACUAUUCCAAAAAUCCGUCUCGAGAUAUUUCUAUCGUUGCAAGAAUACUAGGGAUAUUUCCCCGGAUACUAGGACAACGGUGCAUGAAAGAGGAGCGGAUACAGCCACAGUCGGCAACUAGCCGAUCUUGGAGUAAGAGCUAACAGGAUCGACCAGAAACCAUACAGAAACCAUCACAACCGAGACAACUUUGAGACGGAUUUCUUCCAACUUUACAGGACUGUCAAGCGUCAUUGUCACAACCUGCUAUAUUCUACACAGAUCAUCCAAAGGAUCUUAUUUCGUUACUUUUGCAGUACCUAUACUUGUCAAACAGGAAAAAAGUGGGCCUUGCUCGCGUUAAACGGUCACCAAUCCCAAAACUCAUAGAUAAUUAUUCGUUUGUGACUCAGUGGACUGAAUAAAACUGCCGCCAUGCAGGGAGACGAAAGAGAGGCUUCUAGUUCCGAGGACGAGAUGCCGGCCACCGAGAGAGAGCUGGCUGACGAUGCCCAGUGGAAACUUAUUCAGAAGAAUACAUUUACGAGAUGGGCAAACGAGCAUCUUAAGACAUGCAACAAGCAUAUUGGAGACUUGGAUACGGAUUUGGGGGAUGGUUUGAGGCUGAUCGCGCUCGUCGAAGUGCUGUCCGGCCGAAAAUUCACGAGAUUCACGAAACGCCCAGUCGUCAGACCCCAAAAACUCGAAAAUGUCACUAUGGCACUCAAUUUUCUGCAGAAGGACGAAGGUAUCAAGAUCGUCACUAUCGAUUCUGGCCAUAUUGUUGAUGGAUCCCCCAAGCUGAUCCUGGGCCUGAUGUGGACCCUCAUCCUCCACUACUCCAUCUCGAUGCCCAUGUGGGAGGAGGAUGAGUUCGAUGAACCUGUCGGCAGGGAGAAGACCCCGAAACAGCGCCUACUCGCCUGGGUGCAGAACAAGAUCCCGGAGGCGCCGAUCACGAACUUCACACGAGACUGGAAUGAUGGUCGUGCCAUUGGUGCCCUCGUUGAUGCCAUCGCACCAGGUUUGUGCCCCGAUUGGGAGGACUGGGAGCCAAAGAAUGCUUUCGAAAACGCCAAGGAGGCCAUGGACGCAGCUGAGCAGUGGCUCAAUGUACCACAGCUCAUCAAACCGGAGGAGAUGACCAACCCCAAGAUUGAUGAGAAGUGUAUGAUGACUUACUUGUCCCAGUUCCCCAACGCCAAGCUGAAACCGGGCGCCCCACUAAGGCCACGCACCAACCCCAAGAAAGUCAGGGCUUUUGGGCCAGGUAUCGAGCCCACUGGUAACUCAGUCGGUGCUAUCGCCCGCUUCACCAUCGAGACAUUCAGUGCUGGGAAGGGCAGCGUCGAGGUCAUCAUUCUCAACCCCAAGGGUCAGCAAGAGAAGUGUGAAGUCUUGUUCAACAAUGACAGGAACCUCACCUAUAGCUGCUCCUACACACCCACCAUGGAGGGAAACUACAAGGUCAUUGUCAAGUUCGCCACCAAGGAGAUCCCAAGGAGUCCAUUCACUGUGACUGUUGAAGGUCAAGCUGGAGAUGCUUCCAAGGUCACGGCUGUCGGACCCGGUAUCGAGAGGACUGGUAACAUGGUCGGAAAGCGGGCACACUUCGAGGUGUUCACAAAGAAGGCUGGAUUCGGCAACAUUGAGAUCGUGAUCCUAGACCCCCAUGGCCGUAAGGACAUCGUGAAACCCAAGGUCACGAAGACGUCUGAAGACACGUACCUCGUCGAGUAUAUGCCAAAGGAGGAGGGCCUGCACUCAGUCAGCGUGUUCUUUGCGGGAUCAGCCAUUCCCAAGAGUCCAUUUGGAGUCGGGGUUGCCCCACCUUGCAACCCCAGCAAAGUCUACGCAACAGGUCGUGGUAUCCAGCCUAAGGGCGUGCGUGUUCGUGACGUAGCUGAUUUUCAAGUCCACACAGAGGGCGCUGGUGAUGGAGAACUCAAAGUUCACGUCACUGGACCAGGUGGCGUUGAGGAGAAGGUGAUUGUUAAGCAGAUUGACAAGACGAACUACGAAUGUGUGUACACACCAUUGAAGACGGGAGAGUACACUGUCAUGAUCACUUAUGCUGGUGCUAAUAUUCCCAAGAGUCCAUUCAGGGUCGAUGUCGCGAAAGCUUCUGACUCCAAGAUCCGAGCCUACGGUCCCGGUCUGGAAACCGGCGUUGUCGGUUGUCCAUGUGACUUCACGGUCGAGACGAACAAUGAAACUGGAGCACUUGGUAAGCCCUUGCCGAAAAUUACCACGAAGUGGUUCUCGAUUGAGGGUCCAUCCCAGGCAAAGAUUGACUGCAAUGAUAACGGUGACGGUUCCGCCGACAUCAGCUACUAUCCCACCAUCCCUGGCGAAUAUGCCGUCCAUAUUCUAUGCAAUGAGUCGGACAUCCCUGGGUCACCAUUCAUGGCUCAGAUUGUCCCUGCCACAGCUGAUUUCAACCCAACCAAGGUGAAGGCAUACGGUCCCGGUCUUGAGAAGACAGGUGUUGAGCCCAACCGCUGGGCCGAGUUCACUGUAGAUUGCCGCGAGGCUGGUACCGCCCCACUCAAGAUCACCUGCGUUGAUGCCCAGAACAACCCGAUCGAGGUCCAGGUGGCGGACAACAGGAACAACACGUACAGCUGCCGUUACAUCCCCAAGAAUGUCGAGAAGCAUACGAUCUAUGUCUCGUACGGAGGAUGCAACAUCCCUAACAGUCCAUUCAGGAUGUCUGUCGGCCGCACUAAGAAGGGCAGUUCAUCGUCUAGUUCAUCAUCUAGCUCUGAUGAUGAAGUAUACGUUGCCGAGCCCAGCAAGCCGAGCAAGGUAAAGGUGUAUGGUCCCGGUCUCGAGAAGGGCGUCAGGAUGCACGAGCCAACUUACUUCAUCGUCGACUGCAAGGAAGCAGGACCUGGUGAUGUCGCUAUCGCUCUUACUGACGAGAAGGGUAACGACGUCCCGGUCAGCACCACCGACAACAAGGAUGGAACCUUCACCAUCCAGUACGAGCCCAACUCCGUCGGUACCUACACGACUGGGGUGUUCUUUGCUGAGCAAGAGAUUCCUUCCAGCCCGUAUAAGGUCCAGGUUGAACCUCAUAUUGAUGUCAGCCAGGUCUACUGCGAUGGUCUUCAGCAGAAAUCUGAAGUCGGGAAGGAGUAUGACUUUGACAUCAUCACCGCUGAUGCUGGUGGCAAGGCACCCACCGACGUCAUCAUCAUCGCGCCAAGCGGCAAACAGGUCCCUGUGAAAAUAGAAGAGAUCCCAGACGGCUACAUCGUCAAGUACACUUUGGAAGAGCUCGGUACCCACUCUGCAGACGUCAUCUUUAACAACCAGUCGAUCCCGAACAGUCCGUUCAAGACCGAGGGUGUCCCCAAAGGCAAGGCCCCAACAGAGAAACCAAUGUCUGAAUCAGCCAAGAAGGUCAAGGCAUACGGCCCAGGUCUGUCCAAGGGAGUUACUGGUGCCCCGGCUGAGUUCACCAUUGAUACCCGUGAAGCUGGUCCAGGAGGUUUGGGCCUGACCAUCGAGGGUCCUGCAGAGGCAAAGAUCGACUGCUCCGAUAACGGAGACGGUACCUGCGGUGUUAAGUACUACCCGUUGGAACCUGGGGAGUAUACCAUCAACAUCCUCUUCGCUGAUGAGUACAUCCCCAAGUCGCCCUACAAGGCGAGGGUCGUCCCCCCAGGAAAGGAGAACCUGAAUGUCAGCGGCGUAAAGACCUACGGCCCAGGAGUGGAGAGAGAGGGUGUCUUCCUCGAGUCGCCCACCGACUUCACCGUUGACGCUCGCUCCGUCACCCCAAGCGGUGAUGGCAAGGUGAAGGCCAUCCUGACCAACCCUCAGGGAACCAAGUACGAUACAAUCGUCAAGAACCACCAGGAUGGUACCUACAAUGUCAGCUAUACUCCUUUCGAACAGGGUGUGCACACCCUUGAUGUCACCUAUGAUGGCAUCCCUGUCCCUGGCAGUCCAUUCAAUGUCAAUGUCGUCCCCGGCUGUGACGUCACCCGUGUCAAGGCUUAUGGCCCCGGUCUCGAGGGCGGCAACACCAACAUCCCCCAGGUCUUCACUGUUGAGACCCGCGGUGCUGGACAGGGAGGACUUGGACUCGCCAUCGAGGGUCCAUCUGAGGCUAAGAUGACAUGCCGUGAUAAUCGUGACGGUAGCUGCGCUGUCGAGUACCACCCCACCAAACCAGGCGACUACGACAUCAGUGUGAAAUUCGCUGAUGAGCACAUCCCUGGAAGUCCCUUCCAUGUCAGUAUUACCGACAAGGUUGAUGCGAAGAAGGCCAAGGCUUUCGGUCCCGGUCUCAAACCUGAGGGCGUCCGUGCUGGUGUACCAGCUGAAUUCACCGUCGAUGCCCGCGAAGCUGGCGUCGGAUUCUUGGACGUUGCUGUCGUUGGUAAGGAUGGAAAGAAGAAGCCAGGCCACAUCAAGCCAGUCGGCGAUGGUACUUAUGAAUGUUCCUACGUCCCGGAGGUUGAAGGUCCCUGCCAGGUCGAGGUCAAAUAUGGAGAUGAACAAGUCCCAAAAAGUCCUUUCAAGACGAAAGUUCUUCCAAAGUCUGAUGCAAGCAAGGUGAAGGUCGUUGGUGAUGGUGUCAAGCCAACCGGCGUGCCGGCAUCUCUGCCCGUCUCCUUUACCGUUGAUACUAAGGAGGCUGGCGUCGCUGAUCUGGGCGUCGAGAUCCAGAACCCAGAAGGCUUGCGCGUAACUCCUGAAGUCCUCGACAAUGCUGAUGGUACCUUCACCGUUUCGUACACUCCUGAGGAGGUUGGACAACAUACCGUUGAUGUCAAGUUUGACGGCAAACCAGUGCCCAAGUCGCCCUUCAAGGUCAAGACAUCGCCCUCCGGUCACCCUGAGAAGUGCAAGAUUAUUGAGGGUCUUGAACAGACUGUCAUUCUCGGUGAGGAGACUGUCAUCACCAUCAACACUGCUGAUGCUGGCAAAGGUGCCAUCACAUGCAAAAUCAGGAACCCCACUGGCGGGGACUGCGACAUUGACAUUGAAGACAAUGCCGAUGGCACCGUCUCUAUCUACUACACACCACGUUUCCCUGGUACUCAUAGCAUCGCAAUCAACUUCGGCGGCAAGCCAAUCCCGAAGGGAGAGUUCACCCAAGAGGCUAUCCCACGUGAGGUAUAUGAUGAGCGUAUAGCGCAGCAGGAGCGCGAUCGACUAGCUGCGAUAGAGGAGGCAAGGCUUGCACAAGAAAAACUAGAAGAGGAGAAACGUGAGCAGGAGAGACUUGCACAGGAGAAGCUUGAACAGGAGAGGCUAGAGCAGGAGAGACUUGCACAAGAGAAGCUUGAACAGGAGAGGCUAGAGCAGCAGAGACUUGCACAAGAGAAGCUUGAACAGGAGAGGCUAGAGCAGCAGAGACUUGAAGAGGAAAGGCUUGAAGAGGAGCGCCUUGAGAAGGAGCGAUUGGAAGAAGAGAGGCUCGCUGAAGAGCAACGUGAGAAAGAAAGACUAGAAGAGGAGAAGCGUGAACAAGAAAGACUAAAGCAGUUGGAGGAAGAACAGCGUGAACAGGAGAGGCUAGAAGCAGAAAGACUUGAACAGCAGAGGUUAGAGGAUGAAAAACUAGAGAAAGAAAGACUUGAACAAGAGAAACUAGAGCAACAAAGGUUAGAGGAAGAAAAGCUAGAGCAACAGCGGCUAGAGGAAGAAAAGCUUCAGCAACAGAGGCUAGAGGAAGAACAGCUAGAGAAACAGAGGCUAGAGGAAGAGCAGCUAGAGCAACAGAGGCUAGAGGAAGAACAAAAACCCACGGUAGAUGGCGGUGAUAAUACUAUUGUUGCUUGUGAAAGAGAAGCUCCCAACUACAGCGCACCUGACAUAUCUGAUUUGUUUGCACAUCAGCCCCCACCAGUGCCAGAAGAUGCACCUACUAACGUAGAUGAGGAUGAUUUAGUUGCACCUGACUCUAGCAUGCCUGAUGAUGACCCGAAUCUCCGUCCCGUUCCAACUCUUGAGGAUGACUCCAGCGUUGAAGAGUUGUCACCCGACCUAAUGGUUGAUGAAGAUGAUAUUGUCCCUUCUGAAAGAGAAAUUCCAAACUAUAGUGCACUCGGCGACUUGUUCCCAGAUGUGCGGCCAACAUCAGCUUCGGAGGCUGGAUGCAAUGAUCCUGGUGUCCUUGCAACUGAACACUCAGAGGAAGUCAUUUCUGCACCCAGCUUAUUAGUAGAUUUUAAAUUUGGAAAGUCUUCACCCGAAAGGGGAUCACCUGCUCCUGACUUGAGUUGUCCAGAUCUUAACGAGACUGCCCCAGUUGAGGAGGAUCUCAUCUCAGCAUCGUCAGCACCCGGUGUCCACUCUGCUGUACCACUCUCGCCCGGAUUCGGAGGACCUGGAUACCCUGGUGGAUCAGAUCAAUUCAGACCUGUCGACUUCUGCAUCCCAGUUGGCCCUGUCUUCAACAGUGUUUCUGCUGAUAUCAUCAUGCCUUCCGGAAAGGUUGCCUACCCCAAGAUUGAGGAUAACAAGGAUGGUACGGUCACCAUCCGAUACACCCCCGAGGAGGUGGGGACACACGAGAUGAACGUCAGAUACAACAACCAAGCUAUCCAAGGAAGCCCGUUCAAGUUCCACGUUGAUGCUGUCAGCAGUGGUUACGUGACUGCGUACGGCCCAGGUCUAAGUCACGGUGUGUCUGGCGAACCAUGCCACUUCACGAUCAACACUAAGCAUGCUGGAGCCGGUGGUCUAGCCCUUGCUGUCGAAGGCCCCUCCAAGAGCGAGAUCAGAUGCAAAGACAACAAAGAUGGUACCUGCUCCGUCACUUAUUACCCAACAUGCCCUGGCGAAUACAAAAUCAUCGUCAAGUUUGCCGACCAGCACAUCUCUGGCUCUCCAUUCACAGCUAAAAUCACAGGCAAUCGUCAAAAGAAGGCGCAGAUCUCUGUUGGAAGCAGCAGUGAGGUGUCCCUGAAGGUGACAGAGACUGACAUCAGUACCCUGAAGUCAACCAUCAAGAGCCCAUCUGGCCGUGAGGAACCGUGUAUCCUCAAGAGACUCGCCAAUGGACAUUUAGGAAUCUCGUUUACUCCCAAGGAGACUGGUCAGCACCUUGUCAACGUGUUCAGGGAUGGCAAACACAUACCAAACAGCCCAUUCAAAAUCCAUGUUGGCGAGAGUGAGCUUGGCAAUGCCAGCAAGGUCAAGGUUCACGGCAAGGGUCUCCAUGAGGGUAUGGCCGGGGAGAAGAAUGAUUUCGUGGUUGAUACCAAGGCUGCCGGUUAUGGUGGUCUGAGUCUGUCGAUUGAAGGUCCCAGCAAGGCUGAUAUCGAAUGUGAGGACAACGAGGAUGGAACAUGCAAGGUCUCGUACAAACCAACCGAACCCGGAACUUACAUCAUCAACGUCAAAUUCGCCGAUGAACAUGUACCUGGUAGUCCAUUCCCAGUACAUAUUGGUGGCGAGUCUCACCGUCUGACCGAACAUAUCACCAGUCAGAGGCGUGCCACAGAAGCUACUCACGUUGGAAGUCAGUGCGAACUCAGCUUGAAAAUACCCGGGACAAGUCCGUUUGAUAUGAACGCCUCCGUCACCAGCCCAUCAGGACAGACCGAACUCUGCGAAAUCAAGGAUCUGGACGAUUGCCACUACAGCAUCAAGUUUGUGCCGAAGGAGAUGGGGGUGCACACCGUCAGUGUCAAGCACAAGGACCUGCACAUCCCUGGCAGUCCUUUCCAGUUCACGGUCGGCCCGAUCACAGAGGGAGGGGCGCAUAAGGUUCACGCUGGAGGCCCUGGCCUAGAAAGUGGAGAAGUAUCCCAACCAGCUGAUUUCAACAUCUAUACACGUGAGGCCGGUGCUGGAGGUUUGUCGAUUGCCGUCGAAGGCCCGUCAAAAGCAGAAAUCAAAUUUGAAGAUAGGAAGGAUGGAUCUUGUGGUGUUUCUUAUCACGUCACUGAGCCAGGCGACUACCUCGUCUCGGUCAAAUUCAACGAUGAACACAUCCCAGACUCUCCAUUCAAGGUGCCGUUCUCGCCGGAGAAUGCUGACGCGAGGAAACUUAACAUCAUUGCUCUACAGGAGAAGGGAUUACAGGUUGGCCGCCCCGCCGCAUUCACGGUCGACUUCAAUGGUGCUCAUGGUACACUAACGGCCUACGUGGUGUCGCCAUCUGGUGCCGAGGAAGAAGCAAUUAUUCAAGAACUUGACGACGAUAAGCAUGCCGUCCGUUUUAUCCCCAAAGAAAAUGGAGCACAUUACGUUCAUGUUAGAUUCAAUGAUACGCCAAUCCAAGGCAGUCCAUUCAGACUCCUUGUUGGCAAGUGUGAUGCUGAUCCAGGAAUGGUCCAUGCAUCCGGUGAGGGACUCGUUAAUGGAAAAACUGAUCAUCCUUGCCGCUUCAUCGUGGAUACCUGUAACGCCGGCUCCGGUGCUCUCUCUGUCACCAUCGACGGCCCAUCAAAGGUGAAACUCGACUGCAAGGAACUUGCCAAUGGAUAUGGCUUCACAUACGUGCCCACAGCCCCCGGUGACUAUCUCAUUACAAUCAAAUAUGCUGGCAACUACCAUGUUGUUGGAAGUCCUUUCAAGGCGCACAUCACAGGAACCGGCAAGGCCAACCAGGGUGUAGUCGAACAAGCCCAGUUUGUCGUCAACACGGAAGCCAAGUCUGCUUCAGAAUCAAAGAUCGCCCACUUAUUUAGGACACCCGACGCUGAUGCGAGUAAGGUCAUCUGUAAGGGUCUUGGUCUAAAGAAGGCGUUCGUCAAACAGCAGGCACAGUUCACAGUUGACACCAAAGAUGCAGGCACCAAUGUACUCAUGGUUGGUAUCCUCGGCCCUGGCAGCAAGCUGUGCGAAGAGAUCUGCAUCAAACAUCAAGGUCGCCAACAGUACAAGGUCGACUACCUUCUGAAGGAGCGGGGCGACUAUCUCCUCAUCGUAAAGUGGGGCGACGACCACGUCCCUGGGAGUCCAUACGCCAUCACCGUCUAAUAAGCUGAGAAUAUGCCAUUCCCAACAAAGGACAGGUCCAUUGCUGUCAGGGUUCUAUAUGGUCUGGUUGGACACUCAUGAAGAAUACCACUUUUGUGGCUAUUCAAAAUAAAAUACCACAUCAUGCAAUGAAACAUGUUAACGUGCUUUUUAUUUGAUCAAAAGUAAACAGAAUUGAAUAAGAACCCGUUAAAGAUCUGGCGAUGGGCCUGGGUACCACCCUCCAUGACUGUAGCCAUCCCCAUUCAACAGGCAAACUUGAAGGAUGAGGAUUCCAAAGAAAGUUACAGAUGAAUUCUCUGAACAGUUAAGCCAGAAUGUUGUGAAAAAGUGUCCUGGUGGGAUAUUUUUGGCUCUCGCUGUGAUGAUUUGGCAUGUAUCCCAACCGGUCCUUCAAGUUUGACCUAGUUAUUACGCUGCUAUGCUUUCCUUAUGCUGCAUUCAUUACUUAUAUAUGCAAAGAUUCGGACGUAUUAUCAUGUUGAGAUAAAAAUUCCAAUGUCGUCGUAGAACGCUCCAUGAUAACGAGAAUAAAAAUUACAUUUUUUAUGAUGGAACUAUAUUUCACCCACUUUGGGUCAGACGUAUAGAUUUAUAGCAUGGCGGCAUAAAAAUAGCAAAAUGUCAAAAAAAUCUGGAGGUGUGUUGUUAAGUCAUGUUAUUGGCUAAUUAUUAAACCCUUAGUGGGUGUCUUUUUUUUUAACACAAACACUCGUUACAUUUGAAUUGUUUGUUUAUCUCGGAAUGGUAAGUCAAGAGUUAUUAAAAUGUGAUUUUCAAAAAUUCUUCUUAAACAUUGGAUAUGACUUUAUGCUGGUAAUAUAAUUAUUUAAUCUUUAAUCUUGUCUGUGCUAUCUGACGUUUUGUAUUCUUUUGGGUGAGCCAUUGAAGGACUGUAAGCAAAGUUGCGAGUUAGAUUUUUGGCUAGAAAAGUCGUGGCUCCAUUGGAAAAGUUAUGUUAUCUGAAUACAGAUGUAUUGAGCUAAGUCCUUGAUAUAAUUGACAGGAAUGGGCCCUAGUGCUUGAAGGGUUGACUCAAAGCAGUUAAGAAUUUAUACACCAUGUUAAAAAUACUUGGUUUAUACCUCAAAUUGUAUUGUUUAAUGAGAUAUGGAUUAACGCGGCAGACAGCGGUCACAGUAAGACCCUAAUUCGGGGAUUCGUGGCAGUGCAUGCAUUCAUUUAGUGUACUUAAUAUGAAGUUUUUUCCUUUACUAGUCUCUAUGCAAAAGAAAAAUAGUUGAAUUUGUUUUUUAUUUGUCUACAUUUUGUCAAAGCCGACACCAGAAAGUGUUCCAUUUUGCCAAUUAAGAACAUAAAUUGGAUUGUUCUCAGUGAGGCCCAAAGGAUCUCGAUGUAUUAAAAAAAAAUGUCUUGUAUGAAUUUUAUGUUAGAUUAGUACUUAAAAGUAUUAGAGUAGGUUAGAAGUGAUGACAAGACAAGACCCUUGAUCAGUGGCUUCCUGCAUGGUUAUUUUAAGCAGGGCAUAAUCAAAUUAAAGCUCUGCCAAAAAAUGUUUCCAACUUUUGUGUGGUGUGUUUAUAACUCACAGUUGAUUGUCUUGAGAGCUAGCAGUAUGUGUUUACAGUUGAUAAUCAACUGUUUUGAACAUAUCUAACUGUUCAGCGUCUUAUAACGGUCCGAGUACAUUAGAUACAGAACAAUGUGAAGACCACAGUUGUACUUCUCUCUGUUCUCGACUUGGACAAAGUGUUAAGAAUUUGAGAUUUUGGAGGAUGGAACAUUUUCUCGCAGUUUGCGUCCCCGCUAAAAAUGGCUUGUGGAGAUCACUGUAACCUCUCAGACAAUGUAUGUCAAUCUUGUUGAAAUUUUAUUUUUACUUUUUUACAUUUAUACGGACAUAAGUGUCGAAUUAGGAAAUGAAUUCUGGUUGGCUACCACCUAUGUAUGUUUGUGCUACUUAUUUUAAGCACUUAGGCUAUGAAGUAAUAUAUUUAAUGAUUAAUUAAUCAUAAGUUAUGUUAGUUUCUUGCAACAGUUUCAUGUUUAAUCACGCGCCAUCGUCAUGGGGGUGGCAAGCUGGCCUGGGCAAGGUCCUAUUUUACAUGUAACCAAUUUAUUCAAACAUUAUUUCAAAUUAACUUGAAACCGACUCGUAGUAUUAUAAUACCAGAGGAUUAAAUAAAUACAAGAGACAUGUAUAAAUUGACAAGGUGCUUGAAAGUAAGAAUUGCAAUAGUUAGCAGAAACACCUGUAGUUGUAGAAUGUGUGACAGUCCUAGUUUAAAUCUAGCUAAGAUAGUUAGAAUUUCAGCUCUCUCAUGUGUAAACUUUCGGGGGAGGCAGAGGACGUUUAGUCCUCACCUCAAAGAGGGCGCUAUUGGAGUAUAGGACGGUGCGUUGUAGAUAAAGUGAAUGAGGAAUUUGUUAAAUAGCUUACAACCGAUUAAGUUAAUAGGAUCGUGUAUUAAACCUGCUUGACCAAACGUAGUAGCAGAAAGUAGUUUAGGUUGGAUACCACGCACCGACAUCUCUUGAGGAAAUGAUUGUGAUAUAUGCUACCCACAUAUAUCUAAUAACCGCAUUCUAUAAGUGAUAUUAUAGAAUUCAUUCUUUUUGUUGGCUUUUAAAUAAAACUAACAUUUUGCUAUUGUA